AUGGCGCGGUUCGGUUGCGCACUUGCCCUGCUGGGAUGGCUGGGAUUGGGGAGCCUGGGCAGCCGGGGGAGCUUUGUGGCCUUCGUGGGCCGACUGGACCACUUCUCGGCUGGCCCAUCCCGCAACCGACAACGACGCGGAGCUGUCGGCCAUUUCCCAGCCCGGGAGGACUUAGACGUGUCGCCGCCGAACCGAAAGGCACUGCUGGAAAGACUGCAGCGAGAGCUGCCGGCCUCUAACGUCGAAGAACAUACGGAAGAGGUACGGCUUCUGCGAGACCAGACCGCCUUGCUGGCCCAGGAGCUUCGGCUACUGCGGGAAGUUCUACAGGAAGGAUCCCUUCUGUCUCAAAUCGAGAGCCUCGCGAAUGGCCUCAGCCAAGAGCACGGAGAUUUGGCGGCUCCGGCCGUGCGGGCCGAGCCCGAGCCGAAUCAGGUCGAAGGCACCCCUGCGGCCCAUGCAGCGACUGCGACCGCAACGACUGCAGCGACUUCGAGGCUUCAGUUUCGGGACACGCUCGGCGGCAAAGGCAAAGCCUUUCGAGCGCCGGAGGCUUUGGAGUCCUUGGCUCAUCUCUCGGCUCGUGUUGUCGAGCGGCGACGAAACGGUGAGCUCCCCCUUGGACAGGUUCCGAGUAUCGGCUGA